AUGAACGCGUCAUCGAGAAGACUUCCGCAGAAACCGAAGGAACCGGCCACGGACCCCUCGCUCAUGGGUUGGCUUUCGCAGCCCCAGAAGCCUGCUUCGUCGCAGCUGUUCAAGGUGAAGCUUCUUGGCGAGUUAGAGGAAGAGGCCAAAACGCGCGAGGCGAAGGAGGCCGCGGACGAGGUGGCCAGUAAGGCGGGCCCGUCGCGAGCGACUGGCCUUGAAGCUGCGCUCAAUAUCGUCAGAGGCCCGCGCAAGGAAACUGUGCUGACUAAGACCAAGGACGUCUGGAGCGAGUUUAAGGGGAAGGACGACAAGGUCGUGGACGAGCUGGAAAAGUACAAGAAGGAUAAAAAUCGGUAUACUGACAAGGUUGCCUUCCUGAAGCGCAGUGACGUGAGAGAGUGGGAGUACGAGCAACAAGGCAAGCGGAAACGUAGAUAGAUAGCCGAUGGAGGCCGGUGGUGCAAGUGCAGCAGCUACCGGGCCAUAUAUUUGUAGGGGAGAGAGGCUCCCCAUUACUUUUUGCUGCAGCGCACUUGAGGUAUUUGAUCUUUAUGUAAAAUGGCGAGAACUGCACAAGCUUUGGUACAAACAAAAAAA